CCCGGGAUUGUGGGCUUGUGCCCCCAACCGCGCCGCCCCUCUCCUUACCCCCCCCCCCUCCAGGCGGCCGGGUCCUCGUGUGAGGAAGAUUCUCUGGUCUCUGCGGGCCAGUGGACCAGAACCAGGGAAUUUUUAAACGCCGGAAGGAAGAGAGGAGGAGGAAGGUAGAAACGAGACGAUGGCUUCUUCGUCUGGCAACGAUGAUGAUCUCACUAUCCCCAGAGCUGCUAUCAAUAAGAUGAUCAAAGAGACUCUCCCCAAUGUCCGGGUGGCCAACGAUGCCCGGGAGCUGGUGGUGAACUGCUGCACUGAAUUCAUCCACCUCAUCUCUUCCGAGGCCAACGAGAUCUGCAACAAAUCGGAAAAGAAAACCAUCUCCCCGGAACAUGUCAUACAAGCACUAGAAAGUUUGGGCUUUGGCUCUUAUAUCAGUGAAGUGAAAGAAGUCUUACAAGAAUGCAAAACAGUAGCCCUAAAAAGAAGAAAGGCCAACUCUCGUUUGGAAAACCUCGGCAUUCCUGAAGAAGAACUACUAAGACAGCAACAGGAAUUAUUUGCCAAAGUCUGGCUCUUCAGGCUAGACAGCAGCAAGCAGAACUGGCUCAGCAAGAAUGGCUCCAGAUGCAGCAAGCAGCACAACAAGCACAGCUGGCUGCUGCUGCUUCAGCCAGUGCAUCCCAUCAAGCAGGAUCUUCUCAGGAUGAAGAUGAUGAAGAUGACAUCUGAAAUUCACCAGCUGAGUUUUUAUUCUCACAAUUUCUUUCCCCCUGCACAAUGAAAAAGUGAAAAGAAUGCUUAUCUGUAAUUUUGUAUGCAUCUUGGUGGACUGGCCAUUGGUAUUCUCGGGAUGUCUGCUGUUAAGUUUCAGCUGUUGUGUGCUAUACAUGUAAAAACUCUCUCUUUGAAAUCUUGAAGAUUUAAAGUUCAGUAUCAUAUCAAUUUUGAAUUUUUAAUGGUGUUUAUGAAAUUUUAGAUAGCAGUGAGUCCUUUAUUUGAUCAAUAAACAGUGUUACAGUAAACUACAAGUUUAUAAAAUACAUUGAGAUUUAUACAGAAGCUCUAAAUCUACAUACAUGUGCAUUUCCUCUGCCCUUUUAACUAAACUAUAAAAAUCAUAUAUGGGGAAUUUUUAAUUAUUUUUUCGGGAUGGGGUGGGGUGGGAAUGAUGCAGUAGACAUUGGAUCAGGUUAGUUAAAAAAAACAAAGAGUUCAGUUCUACAAUGUCUGAAUUUUUUGUCCUUUUAAAAAUGAGGAGAUAUAUAUAUAUAUAUAAAUAAAAAGGUAAUAAAUAUAUAUGCUCAGUUAAAUACACUUGUUAAAAAACUCAAACACAUACAAUGCUAGGAAAACGUAUGUUUAAUAGGAGUUGUACAAAUUCAAUUUUUUUUGGUUUUUGUUUUUGUUUUGUUUUUGUAUAGGGGUAAAAACCAAGGUUUUAUUAUGGUAUCUAUUCAUCUUGAACUAAACUAUUACAUUUCAAAGACUGCCCUAUUUUGAGGACUGUCAUGAUUCUUAUUAUUUCACUCCAAUUCAAUAAUUGUUGUUGAUAGUGUUACUUGCUUUGUCCAACCAUGUUCAUAUUAUUAAAACGAGUAGGUGGAACUUGAUGAAACAUUUGCUUGGGUUCCAUGGGUUUAACUGGACUUGGUGACUAUUCAAACCUUUGUGGGGAGGAAUGAGUAUGCUUGCAGGAAAAGAGUAAUGGGGGGAAAAAAAGUCACCCGUAAGUCACAUUUUCCUGACUAGGUUACAGGCAGAUUUCUAUGCUACCUUUUCAGAUGGCAUCAUUGUCUUCUUAAUCCUAAUUGGGUUUAAUAGCAGAAAAAUUAAUCAGGUUUAGUUUCAGUUAGGACAGCAUGCCAUAUGACUGAUGAGCACCACAGGGAAAACUAAUGGUUACUUUUCAUGUGUUAGUUUAAAAAAAUGCUUUUCUUUUGUUCCAGUAAAGCAUAUUAAUGGUUAAUUCUGAUGUAUUGAAGAAAUAGCAUACUUGUUCACAUUUUGGGAACAGAAAGUAAAAGUCACAAUUCUUGUGUCAGAUAUCCAUAUCCCUGAAUUUUGGAAUUUUAGGCAGAGCUGAAAAAAGUAUAUAGCAGGGUUGGCAACUGCUGGGAUUCUAAAAAAAUUACAUGACCAUUUAAAUUAGAAAAUGAAACGUAAGAUUUACAGGAAUUUGGAUUUCUUAAUGAUAACAUUUUGCUAUUUCAGAAAUGAAGUUAUCAAGUAUUUGUUAAAUACAUCCCUCUUUUUUGACACAACACCUUUCCUCCCCCAAUGACAAAAGGUUAGUUUUGUUGGAGUGUUUAAGUUGAAAUGAUUUCAUGGAUAUUGCAUGAAGUAUGUUGGGCAAGAUCUAAGUAAGCAACUGGUUUUUUUAAAGGUAUCAAUAAGUACCAAAGGUAGUAAAGCUAGUUGAGAGUAAUCAUAUGUUAAUAUGCAGUGUUGGCUUUUCUAAUUUGUACUGUAACAUCCUUAUACUUUCUAUUUUAAGUGAAUCUUUUUCUUAACUUAGAUAUUUUUCACACUUUUUUUCUGAUGCAGAGUUCAGGUUAAUAUUUUACUGCAUCUUGUAUGUAUGAUGUUUGGAUCCUUGUGACUUUUCCUUUGGACAUUCUUAUGCUUUCAUAUGCUGUAUUCUUCAAGCAAUAAAAUUCUGAUGUGUUUUAUAAA